AUGCACCGAAGAGCAGCACUCCAAGGCAAACUCGUGUGGAUGUUCAAGCUCAAGCUCAAGAGGCGUCUGCCGAAGUACAAAGACGUCUGCCCUAAAGUGUUGGAUGAUUGCGCGACGGACGAAGAGAAAGCCUUCACGGCAUCACACCCGCGGGAAAACCCAAAUGCGCCGUUCCUCGUUCUGGGGGGCUUCGCUGACUUCAUCCUCCCCUUGACCGCCGUCAACGGCCACGGUGCCAUCAUCGGCCUCGCGAACGUCGCACCGCACGCCUGUGCAAAAUUGUUUGACAUUUCCGUCGCGUCCCUUUCAGAUCCUUCGUUGCUUCAUGAGGCGCAGCGUCUGCAGGGCAUCGUUGCUCGUGGAGAUUUCACCAUUGCAAAGGCGUCCAUAGCUGGGACUAAGUUCCUGCUCGAGAAGCUCUAUGGCUAUGGUGGCCUUCCCCGCAAACCGCUCCCGCCUAUCAGUCAUGAAGCCGCUCGGGCGCUGUGGGAGCACCCACAUGUGCAAGAACUUAUUGCGACGGAACGAAGCGGGAAGGUUUCUCAGUAG